UGAAAACCGGUGGGAAAAGAAAUGGGCGGGAUUGGGGAAAUUUUUUCCCACCGGUUCCUAAUAGACCGGUGCGAAAUCAUAUUUUUCGCACCGGUUCAAACCGGUGCGAAUUACGAAAUACAAAAAAAAAACCGGGCUGCUUUUCUUCUUCUUUCUUUCUUUCUUUCUUUCCAUGUUCUGUACUUUUAAUUUCCCUCUCGUUUUCGCCUUCGUUCUCUAUCCAGAAUCCCGAAUUGCCCUAGCUUUCUCACUCCAUUGAAGCAGCACCUCCGCCUCCAUUGAAUCGUGCUCUAUAUUCUCCAUUGAAGCCGAAUCUGAGCUUUCUCACCUCCAUUGAAGCUGCUCUUGGUUUGCUUCGAUUUCGCUUCCUUUUGGUUUUGAUUUUGUUUUUUUUAGCUGUUCUUGAUUUUAAUCUUCUUUGCGAUUGAUGAAUUGUUGGUUGAUUUUGUUGUUGUUGUUUUAGGGUUGUCGAAUCUGGUUGUGUUAUUCAUGUGUUAUUGGAUUGAUUUUUAAUGGAUUUGCUCAUGAAUUUGUUCUAUGUUUGAGUGAUUUUUGCCAAUUGAGGUUAAUUGGAAGAAAUUAAGGGUUUUCUAAUUUCUCGAGGCUGUUAAUUGGAAGAAAUUAAGGGUUUUCCAAUUAAGGGUUAAUUGGAAGAAUGUCAUGCAAUUCAAUUUCGUCAGGUUUCUUUCAAUUUAUGUACAUACAUUAUUGUUGUUAAUAUAUAAUUCGUGAACUCUUGUUAUUGUAUAUGUUGAAAAUUUUGAAAUUUAUUUUAUUCCAUUGAGUUAAAUUUAUCUGUAUUAAGUAGAAUAUGAUGGCAUUGAGUUAGAUUUAAAAUUUAUUUUGCGGAACUAAGUUAAAUUCUUGCUAUAGUGAAUAGAAUAUUGGUGUUUUCUGUAUUGGUUGAUUUUUUUUUUCUAGGUCAAUUUGAUUCUUUAGAAGUGGGAAAUUGGUGUACAACUUAUGGUAUGAAAACGCAAAAAGAUUGAUUACUAAUAGUCAUUUCAAUUGAAGAUACUUAUUUUUCGGUGUUUAGAGAGACAUAAAAAGCAAUGAUAUAAAUCGAAAUGAUGACCGGAUUACGGAAUGCACAUUGUGGAUUUGUGGUACAAUCGUAUAAGUGUUGUGAUAUGUUUUGUUGAUGAUGUUAUCAGGGAGAUGAUUUGUGUGUUAGCUGCUACUACAUUGACAGUGAGCUCAAUGCUUAUGCCAUAUCUUCUGCUCAGCUCUAUUCAAACACCCCUUCGGAUUUUGAUUUUAAGCUUGAAAGCCUUGCUCAAGGUUUUCGCUGCUUGUCAGAUUUUGUGGAACACCUUGCUGCUUCAGUUGAUAUUGUGUUUCCUGUCAUCCAUGGUCCUUUUGGUGAAGAUGGUACUCUUCAGGUUCAUGCUUUUCGGGAUAUCAAUCCACAAGCUCCUAUACACAUUUUGAUCAUUCCCAAAGUUAAGGAUGGUUUAACCAGACUAGCUAAGGUACUUAUGGUAGCAUAGUUUUGCAUUUCUGAGAUGUUGUGUUCAUAUCCUUGCUUUUCUGGGUGUUUACAUGAAUGCUUCAUUUCAAUUAACUGAAAGUUCUUUUGGCCAGUUAGUUUCUGUUUUUAGUGUGUCCCAACAGCUUUGACAUUUUAUUUUGCUUGUGAUGUCCUUGGGAUUUAAGGGCUUGGGAGUUGGGACUUGAUGCUUCCUUUUGAUUAAAGGAUUUGAUAUUGGGGUUCCAUGUGUUUAUGGCUAAUUAUAUGCAUUUAUUUUUCCAGAUUUAGUUAUCCCUGGAUCAUUUUGGCAUUAGUUAUAGUCAGGCCAAUUUUGUUGCAAAACUCUGAAUAGAAGUUAAGUUGUAUUGUGCACAAAAGUUGAAUCAAGUGUUAUAAGCUCAUCCUCAAGAUUUUGAACUAGGAAUUAAGUGUAAGUGUUCUAUAGAACUACUAAUAUAUCAGAGUAAUCGCAUAGAUCUGAAUACUGCGCUUUUAAAAAGGAUCAUUUAAGAUGCAUGAGUUUUUUUUUCUUUUCAUUUCUUCAUCAAUUAGUUAGAGAGUUUAUUAAUAAUGCCAAACUGAAAAUGCUUAAUACAGACCUCCAGAACAACAGAACUAAAAGCUUGCAGGCAGACAAAACCUGCUAAGCAAUCACCACCUUACAUCACUAUCACUUCUCUAAGCUCAUUUGAGCAUCUACAAGAAACUUUCAACAAAAUUUCAUUCACAAUAACAUCAAAAGUUAUAGCAUUUACCAUGAAAUUUGCGGUAUUAUUAUGAAGACAUAACUGCUAUAUUGACUCAGUAUAUCAUGUAAUAUACAGCUUUGAUUGCGAGCUUUUCUUCCAGUUCAAUAUUACUGCUGUCUUCAACUCAGCAUCAAAACCAGUAAAAUAAUCCCAAGAGCCAACACUUUUAAAGGACAGGUACUUGAUUCUUUCAGGAUGAUGUGCAGGUUCACCUUUUUUCUAACACACCCCAGGAUCUCUUUUCUUGCUUUAAAUUGUUGGCAUUACAAGUAGUAGGAUCCUGUGACCACUAUUCUGUCUGGCAUGUAUGCUCAGCUCUAGUGUUGAUGGCUGCUCCUAUUAAGGGUAACAUGUCAGCUCUAAUUUCUGUAUCUUGUUAGAAUUGUUAUACACUAAUAGCAUCAAUGUAUGGGAUUAUUCAGGAUU